UCAAAAUUUUUUUGGUAUUUUUCUUAACUUCUUUAUUCUGCUCGUAUAGCAUGUUUUUAUGGUUUAUAAAAAUAAUUAUUUGCUUUAGAAGUGUUUUCGUUGCUUGUGUUGAGUUGUGUUCAAUUUUGUGUUGCUUUACGAAAAUGUGGGGAGUUUUUUUGGCAGUAUUUUGACAAACUUGUUUUUUUAUUUCACGCUCUAAUUACGUCUUUUGUGUUUCUAAAAAUUGCUUAUGAUUUUCAAAAUGUUUUUUCGUUCCUGUUGAGAGAAAUAAGUGGACUUUAAAAAUGGUUUAUGGUCCUGUUAAAAGUUGUGAUUACAACACUUUUUAUGUUAUUGUCUCUCUAUUUCAGCUUGUAACUAACUUUUCAUUGCUUGAAAAAAUAGUUCGUAUGUUUUAAAGUGUUUUAUCUUGUUGUUGAGUGAAAAUGGGUGGACUUUUCAGUGGUUUUUAAUCGUAUUUAGGUUCCAACACUUGUUUUUUACACAAUUUCGGUUUUAUUUGUUUACUUCUUGUUCCAGGUAACUUUUGAUGGUGUAAGAUGAUAGUUCAGAUUUUUUAAAAUUUUUUACGUUCCUGAAAAUUCAAAUGUUGGGGACUUUUCAAUGAUUUAAAUGGGGCCGAAUAUUUCAACAUAUUUUCCAUAAUUCAUUUGGAUAUUUUUUAAAUACUACUCAGGCUGGAGCUGUUAUAAUAUUGUGGAAAUUAGUUAAAGUAUUUGUCAAGUCAGAAUAUAUAAGGCAUUCGAGCCUAGCUCCAUUUUUUCGAGGGGUCAAUUUCAAAAUGAAAUCCGUUACGGUACGUAAAUUAGCCGUGACGUCACGGCCGCCAUCAUGGACCCGGGACCUUGAUCGGCUCCGCUGUCUCCUCGGUAAUAUUUAUCGUAUUUUGCAGUGUUUUCCUGGUGUUUGCAAGUGUUUCUAAACUCAGACGUGUAGAUAAGAGUAGAAUGAGUAAGAAAAUCAGAGAAAUAGAGGAGAAAGAGGAAGGGAGAAGGAAUAGAGGAGGUGGUAAAACAGAAAAAUGCUAAGAAAACAAUAUUUAGGUUAAUUUUUCCUGCUGCCCUGUCUGUCUUUGUAGUAUUUGUCUUCCGUGACAGUGCUUUCAGUGUAUUUGGUGUGUUUAGGGGGUGUUGGAGUGUGUCUGGAGGUGUUUAGGUAGUGUUGGAGUGUGUGUUUUAGGGAUUUGGUGAUGUUUGAGUCAAUAUUUAGUGUUCCUGGUGUGUUUUGGGGUGUCUUAGGCUUGUUUAGGAGUGCUUUAAGUGUGCUUUGGACUGUUUUCAAUGUUUUGGGAUGUUUCAAGUGUAUUUUGGGAUGUUAUGGACUAGUUCGGGUGUGUUUUGUGUGGAUACGGGUGAGUUUUGGGUGCUUUUGUGGGUAUUUUAGGUCAGUCUGGGUGUGUUUUGGGGUGUUUUAAGUGUGUUUUGGGCUAUUUUCAGUGUUUUGGGAUGUUUUUAGUGUGUUUUGGGAUGAGUUUGAGUGUGUUUUGGGUAGGUACGGUGUGUUUUGGAUGCGUUUUAAGUCAAUUUGGGUGAGUUUUGGAGUAUUUUAAGUGUGUUUGGGGAUAUUUUGGUACACUUUCGAUGUGUUUAGGAUGUUUUUUGUGCGUUUAGGAAUGUUCUGGGUAUGUUUAAGGUGUUUUAGUGUGAUUGGAGUUGCUUUUGAGAUGUUUUGGUUAUGUUAUAGGCAUGUUGCAGAUAGGCAUUGGGUCUUUGAGGGUAGAAGUGGUGUGCUUGAGGUAAAAUAAAAGAUUCUGGGGUGUUUUGGGGAGGGGCUGUGAUAAUAGAAGCGUGUCAGGGGUGUUAUAGCGUGUGUUGUGAUAUAUGAAAGGAGGGAAAGUGUGUGUGUGUGUUUGAAGGGAGAAAGGGGUGGUGUUUACGGGUCUGGGAUGGGUAAACGAGUGAUCUGUUUUGUAGCCUUCAGAAAAAAAAUAUUAAGAAAGUUUUUACAGUGGGAAAAUUUUGGUAGAGAGGGAGAAAAUGACUGAAAUAUUACCUCAAAUUUAACCUAAUGUGGUGGAGCUUCACACUCCUCAGCUGCCCCUAACCAAACCAAGCCUAACCCAAAGAAGCCUACCCUAACUUCUGUCUGGUGCCUCCUCCUCCCCAAGACUGGCUAUCUCGUGUCUUAAUCCCAAGCUAGCCUAACCAAACUUUACCUAACGUAACCUAAGCAAUUCUAACCUAGCCAAACCUUACCUAAGCAAGCCUAACCUAGCCAAGCCUUAAAAAGAAGCCUAGCCAAACCUAAUAUAGCCUAGCCUAACCUAACCUAGCCUAACCUAACCUAGGUAAACGAAGCAUAGCCAACCUUACCUAACCUAGCCUAACCAAACCUAACCUAACCUAACCUACAUCAUCUUCCCUCAUCACUUCCCACUUAACCAAACCUAAUGUAACUUUCAGAACAAUGGCAACCCUCCGAUCCUGCAAGCAAGUUGGCGGCAGUGAUGGCGGUGGCGGUGGCAGUGGUGGUGAGGUGGAAGGCAGGGACAGAGGGGCAGUACAGGCUGCGGACAUCAAAGAGAAGAAGAACACGCGGACAAGCAAGGUGGUAUUCGGCAGUCUGAUCCUGGACCUGCUCGCCUUCACGGUGGUGCUGCCUCUGUCUCCUGCUCUCCUCGACUAUUACUCCAAGCACGACUCCAGUGGCUUGUAUUCCUCUCUGCUCUCCUGUGUUACUUAUUACCAGCAUAUCAUCGGCGUCCCUGCGAGAGCAAUGGCAACCCUCCGAUCCUGCAAGCAAGUUGGCGGCAGCGAUGGCGGUGGCGGUGGCAGUGGUGGUGAGGUGGAAGGCAGGGACAGAGGGGCAGUACAGGCUGCGGACAUCAAAGAGAAGAAGAACACGCGGACAAGCAAGGUGGUAUUCGGCAGUCUGAUCCUGGACCUGCUCGGCUUCACGGUGGUGCUGCCUCUGUCUCCUGCUCUCCUCGACUAUUACUCCAAGCACGACUCCAGUGGCUUGUAUUCCUCUCUGCUCUCCUGUGUUACUUAUUACCAGCAUAUCAUCGGCGUCCCUGCGAGGCACUGAUCGGCGUGGCAUUCAGCGUAGGCUUCACCAUCAGGCCAACUGUGGGGGCCGUGUUCUCCCACUGGUGAAGUACUGGGUGGUUCGCGGCCUCAGCUGUCUACACACUCACUCUUGCUGUGGCUAACAUAAUAUUCUUUGCUGUCUUCUUCCAGGAAUCACUGCCUGAGGGCCUAAUGAUGAUGAUUCCUGCUUUCAUCCUCAUCGGGGCUAGCAAGACCAACCUGGGGCUGUACUCUGGACUGACGCUGUAUGCCAUAGGUUCCUCUAUGAUGGUGCCCUGCCUCACUGCCCUCGCCUCCUGUCACGGCGCGGCCUCUCACAAGGGUACCCUGCUAAACUUGAGAAGGAUAAUCAACACAAAGGUGAUUACAAAGCGUUCAUGGAUGACAUGAUUACAAAGGGUUAUGCAGAGGUUGUACCGACAAAGGAUUUAGUUAGGAAUGAUGGUAAGGUCUGGUACAUUAAACAUCAUGGAGUCUAUCAUCCGAGAAAGCCAAAGAAGUUGAGAGUUGUCUUUGACUGUAGUGCAAACUACAGGAACCAGUCAUUAAACAGUCACCUGUUACAAGGCCCAGACCUUACCAACAAACUUAUUGGAGUGUUGUGUAGGUUUAGGCAAGAAAGCAUUGCACUUGUAUGUGAUAUAUAGAAGAACCGUAGAACACAUUAGCAGUCCCUGUACAAAACACACCUGUCAGUUUCCACCUGUCAUCCCUACUACUACUACUACUACUACUACUACUACUACUACUACUACUACUACUACUACUACUAAGAACACAAGGGUUGGUGUAGGAAGCCAUCAGGCCUACACGUGGCAGUCCCUGUACAAAACACACCUGUCUGUUUCCACCUGUCAUCCCCACCCGUACCAUUGAUGCUGUCCUUCAAACCUCCCUAUUGACUCAGCACUAACAGCCCCAUUACUGAGUCUGCUCCAGUCACCCACCACUAUUGUGAAGCUGUUUCUUUGCCUUCGUUGUUCGUGAAUCGUGUUGUCUCGUGAACAGAACAAAAAAUUGAAAAAGGUGCUCCUAUUUUCUAUAGUUAUCUCUAAAAUGGUGUUUGUCUUGUCAGUAAACGGUGCUUAGGGUGAAGAAAUAUAUAUUAGCAGAGAAUUAAGAGAUAUUUGAGUUAGAUCUGUGUCAACUAGGAGAGAGAAAAGGAUGGUUAAUUUAAUGUUAUUUUUGGUUAAGAGAGAGAGAGAGAGAGAAUUUAGUCUUAUUUUCGUUACUAUUGCAUAUUGGACUUAAAAAAUGAGGAGAAAUUAAGAAAAUAUCGAAAGCAUUGAAAGAGAUAGGACAAGAUUUGCUACUGUGAUUUCCUGAGUGACAAUUGUUAUGUAAUAAAACACUUAGAAAGAAAAAAA